AUGAUCAACCUCCAGUUCUUUGCUCUCAGUGUUAUUCUAGCCAGCGCAGCAGCCGUGCCAACACCAACCGAUGGCUUCUGCGCUAGCUAUAUCAUUCAAGGUUAUGAUACAUGUGCUUUGAUUGCCCAGGCACACGGCAUCACCGAAGCCGACAUCGAAGCCUUCAACGUAAACACCUGGGCAUGGCUCGGCUGCAACCAGUUAUACCAGGGUGAUUUCAUCUGUCUCAGCGCCGGUAACCCACCAAUGCCCAUGGCUCUCCCGAAUGCUGUCUGCGGCCCUCAAGUCCCCGGGACAGUGCGUCCCAGUAACUGGGCCGAUCUCGGCACUAUAAACCCGUGCUCAGACAACCGAUGUUGCGCUACAUGGGGCCAAUGCGGUACCGGUGCAGAUUACUGCGAUGCCAAAGCCCGUAAACCACCCGCUGGAGUUACGGCGACUGUUAGUGCUGCUACUGAGGUCGAGCCUCAAGCUCCAACUGCACAAGCGAAGAAUGCUGCAGCAACAACCGAAGCAAAAUCCGCAGAGACAAAGGCAGAUGCUAAGACUACGUCCAAAAAAACAUCCACCACCAAGAGCGCUACGAGUACAUCGUCAAAGGACAACUCAAAGCCAACUGCCGAUGCGGAAUGGAUAGGGCCCCUCGAAGCGGAUGGAUCAUACAAUGAACCAUGGGAAGUAACAUGGUAUAGCGAGAAGGACUGUACAGGCGACUACUACCACUUGUCAGGAUACAACGGCGAGGUGGAGAAAGGCAAAAAACUACCCUGUCAGAGCAUAUCAGAUACAAUUAACACCGACUACACCGAGACGAAUGUGACUUGCAAAUGGUGGACAGGGGGUGGGAUGAGCUGGGCCCCUUGCAAAGAGGGUACGAUGAAAUCACCCAAGUCGUGGGUUCUGGAGCAUGCUUUUUGCACGGUGUACAGUCUCUAUAACUGUGAUUGUUUUGAUCAUUAUGCUAAUCUUUACACCUCGGAUGGCUGUCAUAACAAGGACAAGUUUGAUACGCCCAAGUUUGAGUCUUUCCAAUGUGAGCAUGUUCGUGGAGACUAG